CCGGGCGGCGCGCGCGCUCACGCACCUGGUUAACGAGCACCGCCGCCCCCUCACAACACAACAUAACAUAACAUAACACAGCGGGACGCGCCCUCCCCGUUGACGACGCCGCCCGCACCUCACUGCCCCACCGGAGCCAUAGCGAGCGGCGGGACCGACCGACCGACCGACUGAGGGAGGGCAGGCAGCUAGCUGAGCGAUGCGGGUUAUGUAAAUCAGAGACGGAGACAGCGGACGGAUGAGCCCAGCGCCAGGCCUCGGACCCUCACCCUUACUAUGCCGAACCAGAAGAGCGUCAAGGGCCGGAAAAAUAAGCGCACCAACAGCAGCGGCGACGAGCAGGAGGCGGCGGCCGGGACGGCAGCUCUGGUGGCCGGAGCCGGGGCUGGGACCGGAGCCGCGGCGGUGGUGGCGACGGCGGCUGGAGCUGGAGCGGCGGCGGGGGCAGGAGCAGGGGCUACCGGAGCCUCAGCCGGCCCGUCCGAGGCGGGCAACGACCACGAUGCGCCCUGUGCCACACCUCUGGUGUGCGGCAUGGGCCGUUCAGUGGAGCUGGACAAGGAUGACUACCAGCGAGUGGUCUGCAACAACGAGCACUGUCCCUUCGGCAACUGGAUGCACCUACAGUGCUUCUACGAGUGGGAGAGCAGCAUCCUGGUGCAGUUCAAUUGCAUCGGCCGAGCUCGCAGCUGGAAUGAGAAGCAGUGCCGGCAGAACAUGUGGAACAAGAAGGGUUAUGACCUGGCCUUCCGCUUUUGCUCCUGCCGCUGCGGCCAGGGCCACCUGAGGAAGGACGUGGACUGGUACCAGGUGCGCAGGAGGCAGGAUGACAAGAAGAAGAAGGCGGGCGUGCCCAAGGCGGGAGAGCUGGCGUCUGACGACGGCAAGAAGUGCAAGCUCAACCGACCGGCCAAGCCGCACGAGGGGCAGAGACGGCACUCGGUGGACCGGCAGAAUUCUCAGGAGAAAGGCCCGGCCAACGGGAGCCACCGCUCGCCCUGCGGCUCCCCGCCCCACCAGUCCCCGCCCUCGGCCGGCCAACCCUACCUACCGUUCUCCGCAGGCGGCCCCCGGGUGGCACGCCAUCUGGGCGAGUUCCUCAAGACGGCACUGCAGGCCGAGGCCUGCCGCAAGCUGCUGCCCGGCGUCUCCCGCUUUGGACAGGGUGAGCCAACGUUGCUGCCUCCUCAGCCGCCGUCCGGGCGGCUGGAGCCCUCGGUGCAGUUUCUCCGGCGGCUGGACCUGUCCGAGCUGCUGGCCCAUGUGCCCAAGCACAAGGUGAACACCUACCAUGUGCGGAUGGAGGAUGACGCGCAGGCCGGCCAAGGCGAGGAGCUGAGGAAGUUCAUCCUGGAGGCGCUGAGCGCCAGCCAGAGGAACGUGGUCAACUGCGCCCUCUGCCACAAGGCACUGCCCGUCUUCGAACUCUUCCCGCUGGUGGACGGCACCCUGUUUCUCAGCCCCUCCCGGCACGAUGAGAUCGAAUAUGACGUCCCCUGUCACCUCCAAGGAAGGCUCAUGCACCUCUAUGCCAUUUGUGUGGAUUGCCUAGAAGGAGUGCACAAGAUAAUUUGCAUCAAAUGCAAGUCGCGUUGGGAAGGGGGCUGGCACCAGCUGGGAACCAUGUACACUUAUGAUAUUCUGGCUGCGUCUCCUUGCUGUCAGGCGAGGCUGAACUGCAAGCACUGUGGGAAGCCGGUCAUCGAUGUGCGAGUGGGGAUGCAGUAUUUCUCCGAAUACAGCAACGUCCAACAAUGUCCGCACUGUGGCAACCUAGACUACCACUUUGUAAAACCAUUUUCCUCCUUCAAAGUGUUGGAAGCUUAUUGACGAUUGGUUUCUCUUUUUAUUGUUUUCUUUCUAGAGUAAUUAUUAUGUAGAGGUGUAGAACCUUUACUCGUUUCUGUUUUGGUUGCUUGUGUGUAAGUCUUUAUCCAAUGUUAGCCAUUGGUUAUUGGGUUGGGAGUCGCAGGAGGGUUAGCUGAAUUGGUAAGUUGCCUAUUCCAAGUGAAAAAGAUUUGCAUACAAGCUGCUAGUUCGAUCGGUUGGGUUGGUUUGACACUGCAUCCUCCAAGGUUCUGUUUCCACCUUGAAAAUAAUCAAAAGGGGUUUUAUUUUGCUAUUGUAGUUGGUAAUUGGUGCUUGACAGUUGAAUGUAACUCUACUCUAGGCACCGGGUGCCUUCCCUUUCCCUGGAGUAUUUCCCUGCCCUUAUUAGGGUUGGUUCAAGACUCCAGUUGUGAUAUGUUGGAUUUAAAGAGGGGAAAUAAUUAUUGUGCAAAGGAGGUGGAUUGAGGCUUGCUGCUUUCAUUUGAUAGGGCCAUGUUUUUCCCCUUUAAGACUUUUUUUCCCCUUUAGUCUCUACACUGCAUAUAUUACUGCCAUAACAAAUUCUCAUCCUGCCUUUUCCCCAAGACCUAAAUCCCUGUUGCUUCAAGAGUGGUUCUUUGCCAUAUGUACAGGAAGAAUGGAAGUUUUGCUUAUUGUAGCUUUACAGGCACAUUGAAUGCAACAUGACAAAUGCAUCUAAAAUAAAUGAUCAGUUCUUCAAAAUAAACCACGUCACAAUAAUGCAAAAACCAAAGUAUAUUGAGCAACCAUGGUAGUGCAAGGUCCAUAGUAGUUGGGUGCUGUGGCAGAGUUGUGGUUAGGGUUGCGCAGAGUAGUUCAAGAACAUGUUGGGUGAUGGGAAGAAGCUGCUCUUUAACCAGGAGGUAACGAUUCUCAGGCUCCUGUACCACCUUCCUGAUAGUAGCAGAGCAAAGAGAGUGGUCAGGACAGGGUGUGGAUCUUUGAAUACUUCUUGAGGGAGUGCUUCCUGAGGAUCAGUUCAAUGGUGUGGGGAGGACAAUACCCAAAGUGGGCCAGGCAAUGUCUACCACUUUCUGCUGCUUCCUUUGGCCUUGAGAAUUCAGAUUAUUGUACACCUGCUGAUAAAACACAUCUUCUGUGAAUGAAGACUUGGAUUUAUAUCAAUGUGAGUUUCUGCUCAAAUUUUCAAUUAUUUCAAAAUGUAGUGACUAAUUGGAUCACAACAUGACAGGUGGCUUUUGCCAUGUUGAUUGUGGGAUAUAUGUUGAAUAGGAACUGAAGAUAAUGUCCUUCCUUUGCUUGGUAAUAAUACCAAAAGAGAACUUUCAAACGUACAGGACCUCGUUAGUGUUGGGUGGGAGAGUGGGCCCCUGAACUUGUCCAGGCUGUUUGAUUAGGACUUGAACCCAUAAACCUGUGACUCAUAAGCAAUGAUGCCUCCUUGUGCAACAGCUGAUAGGUCAAUUAUUGGAAUAUUGCUUUGAGUUUGGGUUAUGGCUCUAGUAACUCUGAGUUUCCAGUUGCCAGUCAUUUUAUUUCUCCAUCCCACUAUCAUUUCGACUCCACUGUCUUUGGCCACUUAAAAGACCAACACUUUAGUCUCCUUUUUGGUUCAAUACAACCUUUGGGACUCAUUGUUAAAUUUAACAAUCGUAACAUUCAUAGAAUUUGUGUUGAAUUUCUCUCUUCUCCCAAUCUCUUCUUAAUUUUUUUUCUUUUCUCCUACCACUCCCUUAUCCAAUUUCUCUCAUCCCUUUUACCUAUCCAUGUUUUUUUUUAAUUGACCUAACUACCUGUCCCUACCAUUUCCUAGUACCAUAUACUCACUGUUUAACAAAAUGCCCCUCUGGUCUCUUUGAUCUUUACCCCUCUCUCCUUAAACCUAUGCACUCAAGUUUUAGACUUCCCUACCUGUAAAUAGAUGGUGGCUAUUCACCUUAUCCACUCCCUUCAUUAUAUUAUAAACCUCUAUAAGGUCACCCCUUGACCUUUUACACUCUAGAAA